UUCCGAACUUGCCCUCAUAGGUUACGUCAUCGUCGCCUCCCUUUUUAACAAAUAAUCAAAACAAAUAAAAAGACCGCGUUGCUUUUUCCGGCGCAGUUCUAGAAUCCCCCCACAACUCUGCUUCCUCUCUCCUUCAGGAAUCGGAAUUCUCAAUCUCUUCGCAUAUUUAUCGUCUCCCUCCUCAAACAUGCCUUCGAUUUCGAGCUCUCGAUUUCGGCGUCAUCGGAAUUUCUCUUUUUUGUCAGUGUAUAUAUCCGAUCAUCGUGGAGUUUAGACAGGUUCGACUCGGGAAUUUUCGGGAAAUUUUCAUGGGGAUUCUCCGGGACUCGAUUCUCUUGUUGAUGGUCGUGGGGAUUGUGCUGUUCGCAGUUCGGAUCGUUUUGUUCAAAUCUGGAUUGAUUUUCAUGGUGAAGAAAUGGCGGAGAAGGAUCGUAGAUUUGUUCCAUGUUUACCAGUUGUACAAGGUACCGGAAUUCAACGAGAGUAUGCAGGAGAAUCAGCUUUACCGGAAAGUUUACGCCUACUUGAAUUCUUUCAGCUCGAUCGAGGAUUCGGAUUUCACGAAUCUCUUCACUGGGAAAAAAUCGAACGAGAUCGUUCUCCGUCUGGAUCGCAACCAGAUCAUUGAUGACGAAUUCCUCGGCGCCAGAGUUUGUUGGAUUAACAGAGAAGAUGAAGACGGAGCCAGGAGUUUGGUGUUGACUGUUCGGAAGGCCGAUAAACGGAGGAUUCUGCGUCCGUAUCUCCAGCAUAUACACACAGCGUCGGAUGAGCUUGAACAGAGGAAGAGGGAGCUGAAGCUGUUCAUGAAUGUCGGAACCACCGGCGACUAUGAUAGGACAACGCAGAAGAACGGACGGUGGAGAUCUGUUCCGUUCACGCAUCCCUGCACCUUCGACAAUAUCGCCAUUGAAGCGGAUCUAAAGAACAAGGUGAAAUCCGAUCUGGAAUCUUUCCUCAAGGCCAAACAGUAUUACAACCGGCUCGGCCGCGUCUGGAAACGGUGCUACCUCCUCUACGGCCCCCCCGGCACCGGAAAAUCCAGCUUCGUAGCGGCGAUGGCGAAUUUCCUCGAUUACGAUGUUUACGAAGUCGAUCUCUCGAGAGUAACGGACGACUCGGAUCUCAAGAUGCUUCUGUUACAGACGACAAGUAGAUCCGUGAUCGUGAUCGAGGACCUCGAUCGGUUCCUCUCGGCGAAAUCAACGAGUGUGAGCCUAUGCGGGAUAUUGAAUUUCACGGACGGAAUCCUCAGCUCCUGCUCAGUGGACGAGAGAAUCAUGGUGUUCACGAUGACCAGGAAGGAGCAAAUUGAUCCGGCGGUGCUGCGACCGGGUCGAGUCGACGUUCACAUCCACUUCCCGUUGUGCGAUUUCACGGCGUUCAAGACGCUGGCGAACAACUACUUGGGAGUGAAGGAGCACAAGCUCUUCCCUCAGGUAGAAGAGAUCUUCCAAAACGGAGCGACUCUGAGCCCGGCCGAGAUCGCCGAGCUCAUGAUCGCGAACCGGAACUCGCCGAGCCGCGCGGUGAAGGCCGUGAUAAGCGCGCUGCAGACGGACGGUGACCGGAGGGGGAGCGGAAGGCGUUUGAAUAUGGAUAAAGGAGGGAGGAGGUCGGCGGGGGAAGUGGGCGAGAUGAGAGGGCCACUGUGUGGCGGAGGGAGUUCGCCGGCGGUGAAGGAGCUCAGGAAACUGUAUGGGCUUUUGAGAAUCAAAAGUAACAGGAAAUCCCAGUCGUUCGAUCUCAGGGACGGCUGAUUUUCGUUCGGGAGUCAUUUGAUUACGUGGCGGAUUAUGAUUGGCUGAAUGAGUCUGAAUAAUCGUAGACUCGGAGGAUGUUGCUGCUUAGUUAAUGUACACUGUACAGACCGUUUCAUAUGUUGUGACUCAGAGGCUCUCGGACCUUUUUUUUUUU